AUGCUCCCUCAGACGAUACUCGCCACUCUCCUCCUGGGCCUCGGCGCCACGGCCGUGCCCAUCGAGAGCCCCGUCGACGUCAUCCGCCGCGCGCCGGCUCCCGGCACCGUCAUCACCAAGUGCGCCAAGCCAGGCGUGCUGGCGCUGGCCUUUGACGACGGCCCGUACACCUACACGCAGAACCUGGUCGACAAGCUCAACGCCGCGGGGGCCAAGGGCACAUUUUUCUUCACGGGCACUCUGUACGGCUGCAUCUACAACCAGGCCAAGGCCGUCAAGAACGCCUACGACAGCGGCCACCAGAUCUCGUCGCACACGUGGACGCACCCGCAGAACUUCGGCUCCCUGUCCGCCCAGGGCCUGACGGCCGAGAUGCAGCGCCUCGAGCAGGCCUUCGUCAACAUCUUCGGCAGGAAGCCGGCCUACAUGCGGCCGCCCUACCUCGCGACGGGCGGGACCGUGCUGUCGACCAUGCGCGCGCUGGGCUACAAGGUCAUCACCGACGACAUCGACGCCGGCGACUGGAACCACGAGUCGCCGCAGCAGAGCCAGGCCAAGUUCACGGCCGCCGGCGCCGGCGGCAACGGCCACAUCCCGCUCAUGCACGAGACGUACGACACGACGGUCAACCAGCUCGUGCCGUGGCUCAUCAACUGGGCCAAGACGAACAACCUCAAGCUCGUCACCGUCGAGCUGACAUGGCAACCGAUACCUAGCCGAGUGCCUGAACGACGCAGAUGGGAUGUACCAGGCUGGCAACUUUACUGGAAACGGCCAGAGCAGAUGCUAGGGGAUCGACAGCACAUGGAGGCGGACAGAUCCGCACACGACCCAGCGUGCAGCGCCGUCAACCGCUGGAAGGUCGCGCUCGAGCAGGAGGAGAACUACCUGCGGGCGUGCCCCGGCAACGGCCCUGCGUCCCCGCCGAACCGCUUCCAGCGCUCGGCCGGGAAGUUCGCAAGCACGGAGAGCACGCAGGUCUACGUGCUGGGCCAGUGGAGGUACUUCGGCGGCGCGGGUGGGCACCAGGAGGCGGUCGAGGUCGUGCUGGAGCACCAGCUCGACCUGCUGCUGCUGUGUCGCGCGGACGAUUGGUAUACGCGCAUGCGAGAUCGGACACCCGCGCUGCUCAUACGCCUGGGACGAGACCUUGAGGGGCUCACAUUUAUCGAGUGGUUCGAGACGACGGCGAGAGAUCCGGCUUACGACUGGCAGGAUCUGGACCUGCCGUUCGUCGAUGCUACCAAGACCAACCUCUUCGAGCCGAUCGCGUGGAAAGCGGAGGAUGCUCACUCGAGCCACCUGUUGGCGCCGAUGCUGAUCGGCAUCCGGAAUCUUGUUAUCUUGCAACACUACCGCUUGACGAUGGCUUUGCUUGUCGGGCGCCUUCCCCAAGAGCUAGUGGACAAGGUGGUAGACGAGGUGCUGGUGCAUAACCGUGGGCGGGAGGAGCUGCGUGGAAUGCCUUGGGAAAUAGUUGAGACGACGAUCAAGGCCAUAGCUUCAGACCUCCGUGCCUUGUACGAGGCAAUGCAGCGAUCCAACCCCUACGUGUGGGAGGUGAUGCUGGACACCCCCCGCAUCGCUGUCGGAGACAUCCCGAUUAUUCCUAUCGCCGAAACCCUCUAUCUCGAAAACCGACGGAUGGGGGCCGCGGCUGGGUUGAUGAAAGAGUCGUCGGCGAUCAUAAAGCCCUAUUGUGCUGCCUGGGAGGAAACUCCCUUUGCCUUCGAUGUGCUUCGGGCUGUGUCGAGCACUUAUCCAGCACCGCCGAGGGAACCAAGCGUGCCCAGCAUGGAGUCAGUGUCACGGCCACCGACCCAGGUUGUGGUGCCUCGAGGGCACUAUCAGACCGCGUCGCAGAAUGUUUCCCCAAUAUCCGAGGAAGCAGAGACAACCCUGCCAGGCGGAGGCGCCGAGAGAUCUGGCCUCGAAAAUGCUCUCCAUGCUGAAAGGCAAUCUUGCCGUGUCAGCGACCUUAGCGACAUAUAUAAUAGCGACUCCACAACUUUACCUUGCAACGACCCCGAGACAGGGGGGACUCACGGCACACGAGAGUUCAGAAGGGAGAAACUUCAACCAUACCGGUUGUUGACAGAUUGUGUGGUUAUUAUUGCACCACUUGUGUUUUUGGCUUUUGCGCUCGCAGUUCUGUUUCUAGAAGCAAAGGACUACGAAGAUGACGUUUAUGCAAAAUGGCGGAACGCAAUUACAGUUUCAGCAACUAUUUUCCCGAUUCUGUUUGCUUCAAUUGUUGGAAGACUGGUAUAUCAAGCUGCCAGAUGGAAGCUCGAACAAGGUGUUAGCCUCGGGACGCUUGAACAAUUGAUUGGCAGCCAGACCGUGGGCACAACCCUAUUGACGCAGAUCAGACUGCGCUCUUUCAACUUCCUUGGCAUCGUCCUGCUUUUGCUCUGGUCAUUAUCGCCGUUGGGUGCUCAAGCUAUUCUUCGAAUGCUUGGUUCGAGCUAUCAGCCGAGGGUUGGACCUUCUCUUGUCUCGUACUUUGACACGGCUGCCGUGUCCAACUUCUACAAUUGGUUUCAAACCGAGUACGACAACUGGGAGACGAUUCAAUCCCGACUGUCUCGGCUUUCGAGUUGGUAUAGCACCCUUUUGCUAACACCGGGAGCCUCGAAGAACGACACAAUGGAUCUUUGGGGCAAUCUCAAGAUUCCGCUCCUGGCGUCAUCCAAUUCUGAUUCCAAAAAUGAGUCGUGGCACGAAAUCGCUGGGGAACCCGACUUUGAAUCGUACUCAGCGUUGGCUGGCAUACCCAUCACUCAUGUUGCUGUCGGGAACACGACAUUUUCGCUGGAGUCCAGCCACAUCAGUCUCCGUUGCUCAAAGUCUCAGGCUGAGACCAUGAAUUACUCCAAGCCGCAGCUACAGGAUCUUGAAUGGGAUGAUUCUGAUUGGAUUGGCCAGCGAGCAUCCAACAAUUUGACUCGAGCGAAUGGAACUUCGCAUGGUUUUCCAAGGAACAGAAGUGAAAUCUUCACGAGAGAUCAGACCCCGGCCUCUACCGCGUGGGGCCUAGGCCUGGAUCGCUUCGUUGACAGUGCCUGGUUAAUCCAUGGGGUAGCGACACCAGCUAUAUUUACCCACGAGAUCGGCAUCGAAACUGGACCGACGCAGCUCAACUUUGAGCUAGCGAUCCAGCAAAUGUAUCCGUACAAACCAUACAAGGUUCAGGCAUUAUGCGCUGUCCGUCAGCAAUACGUCGAAUCUCGCGUGCACUGCUCACGACGCGAGGUAUCAGCCCGCCAAAAUUGCGCCGUCACAGCGCAGCGUGCCUCGCAACUUCAGCAGCCCCCGGAAAGCAUAUCUCCGCUCUCAUUUUCCCAGAUCUUUCGCUAUGUGUCCAAGGAGAUGCCAUUGGCGGGCGGACGUCCAUCGGCCUACGGCGCAGACCUCUCAGUUCAAUACCUAGUCGAUCCAACCUUCGCAGAUCUAGACAAGGCGCUCAAUGUGUCGGGCUUCGUCCAAGCCAGUGAUGCCGAAUUCAGCAACCGCCUGACACAGCUGCUCAAUACCUACUUGCUCCUCAGUCAAACAUUCUUGUCGAUGUCGUCUGGGAGCAUAGACCCAAACGCCAAGUUUGACCCAAACAUCACAGUCGCAGUGGAUACGGAAAAGUUCGUCCAAGUCUAUACCAUCCCCAAGUUCUGGGUGGUGCUUUGCGUUGUGGCCUGUAGCAUUCUCCUCUCUGCCGGGAUACUGAGUGUUGCUCUUGUUCACCUUGCGGACGGGCCCGAGAUCUUUGGCUACGCGUCCACGGUCAUUCGCGAUUCCAGGCAUGUCACUUUGCCUGCUCAUGCCGGCAAAAUGGAGGGAAUCGAUCUGUCAAUACUUGCAAAGAACGAGAGGGUACGAUAUGGCUUCACAGAGACUAUUGUAGAAGGCAGAUCGCUGCUUGGAGUUGGACGUGAGCACGAGACUGAGAGCAUUAUACAUCACCUGCGGUAA